AUGCUUUCGAUGUCCCCUGAAGAUAUACCCAUGGUGGCCUUUUCCAAAAAUGCAAUGGACCCCAAGGUCAUCCUUUAUAAAGAUCUGGAUGACAACUCUCAUGAAUUUUAUUUCACCCCAGCAGCCGCCGCUCCAAAGACUCGCGAAUCUGUUCGAGGAAGUGUUUCCUGGCACAAACAGCGUACCUCUAUGGUCCUCUUCGCCGUUCUCGGAAUCGACUUGGCAUGCACUCAUCAUGGUUAUUAUUCAUAUCUGGAUGGUAAACAAGGAACCAGCAAUUUUCAUAAACCAUUCUCGAUAACACUAGGAAGUCUUCUUGCUUUUUGUGUGGUGUCAUCGUUUCUUGCGGCCAAUUGUGCUGCUCAUCUACAGAAUCAUUGGAGUCCAUAUGAAAGAAAGCAUUUACGUUAA